CUCCUCUCUGCUGUCUUGUGCUUGGCGGUGCUCUAACCACUAACGUUCCAAAACCACACAACAAGUCGAGUUUCCAGUAGCCUCACGCUAUCAUGCCUACUUCAUCAGUGUACGGGUUCUUGACCUUGACAAAUUUAGGGCCUGUUACCGCUGUUUACACACCACCGCCAGCAUGCAGCACGAUCCCUCCAAAUCCCUUUGUUGCGCGUAGCAUCGACGACGACGAUUGGGGAGAAUACUAUGUAUUCUGUGGUGUACCAUAUCGUCAAGAAUGCUUUCCAUCUGGCAAGGCUAGAGCCCCAAUAUUCAAAGACAGGAUACAGGAAUACCAUCGAGUUAUGCCCUACUACUCGCCAGCACCGGCCUGCCCAUCAGGAUGGACGACGAUCGGCACGCAAACACCCAAAACCAAUGGUUCGGGAAUUUUUACAACCACAUACGAGCCAGACGUACGAAACGGGCUGGCGCAGAUUGUAGACGCUGUUUUGGCGCCUGAUGAGACGAUGGUUGCCUGCUGUCCCAGCUCCUAUACCGCAGUCGACGGACUAGCGUGUACAUCUAAAAUGGGCCUGUUGGGGUCCUUCCCUGCAUCCUACAGCUCAAUUUGCACGACAGAAUACAAGCCGCGCCGGUCAGAUGCUAUAACGACUGCUAUUGGCACACUCCCUUCGACGACGGUAACGCUUGUGCGAGACAUCCCUACUCCACUGACCUCCUAUCGAAUCCCUUUAACAGGAGGAGAUUUUGUGGUUCCUGAAAUUAGAACUGAUGACCUGCCAGUUUCGGAGUAUAAAGUCUACGACUAUAUCGAAGCGGUUGUGCUUAUACACAGAGGGGGUGAGUCUGUCAAAGACAUCAAUGGCCACGGAGAAGGCGCCAUAUCCCGCCCAAAUCCAUGGACGUAUAUCAUUAUGCCAUUUGUCGUAGCUGGUGCUGGCGCAAUAGCUGGUAUGUUUGUAUAAGACCGUGGUACGGUUUGUCGUUCACGGCGUGCUACAGACGCGGUUGAGGACCAUGGAAUGAGGCAGGACUGGAUGUACGAACUUUAAAGAUGUAUUUGGAGAGGAGGUUGCUAUAUAGCUGGGCAUCUUUGCCUAAUGAGGACAGCAAAUCGCCGGUGGCGUUGAGGCGAAGCUCUCAGCAAGUCAGCGGCGUUAGUUCAAGGCUGUAGAUAGAAUGCUUGUUGUCUCUAUUUGAGAGGUGAUGUAAAUCUCUGGAUACGCAUAAUUUUUCUGCGAUGUUCCCCGGCAGAAAUUAAUCAAUAUCUUGAGACGUCUCAAUCACCACUGUGUCACGGCCAGUCCAUAAAAGCUAUCUGGAGUAACGUUCAAUUCUGGCACAAAGCAAUAGAGAAGGCUAGCAUUGGAAAAGAACGACCCCUCAGCAUGAACGGAUCUUCGGCGAUAUCUAGCCGAGGGCGCUUGUAGAAUUUAUAUGGGCUGUUGCGUGGGGUAUCGUGCCUUUGGUGAGCGUUGUUGGCU